AUGCCAGAAAGUACGGCGGCAGUCAUUGAAAAGCUCAAGACCGGCCACGGCAUAACCUCCCUCGACAUCGUCAUCGCCAAUGCUGGGAUCUCUCUUAACGCCAGUCGUGUUCGCGAGUCUACUGUCGAGAACAUCAACCAGCAUCUGCUAGUUAAUGCGGUUGCCCCAGUUGCCCUCUUUCAGGCCACUGCAGAUCUUCUUCAGGCUAGUAAGACGGGGAACCCUACCUUCAUUGCGAUAUCAACACUGGGUGGUUCCAUCAGAUCGAUCGAUGGAGUUGCCCACCUACCGCUUAGCCCGUACGGUGGCAGCAAGGCGGCACUGAACUGGUUCAUUCGCCGUCUCCACUUUGAGGAACCGUGGCUUACUAGCUUCCUCCUUCAUCCUGGUCUCAUUGAGACUGAUCUUACGGUUGCGGCCAUGGAGGGAAGUGGUGUCAAGCUCUCUGAUAUGGGGGCAGUGUCGGUCGAUGCAGGCGUGGCUCAAAUGAUGAAGACAAUCGACAAGGCUUCGAGAAACAUUGGUGGCACGUUUCAAAGUUACGACGGUACCGAAAUGCCCUGGUAG